GAUCGGUUUUUGUGGCUACCGAAGACAAUUUGGACGAGGGAGUGAAUUCUAACAAUACUCAGUCAGUGUUAUCUACACGAAGCUGCACCUUCUAAAGGCUGCACUAAAAAGCUUCGUGACUGCCCUGAAAAUAUAAAGAAGGCUUUCAUAUUUUAGAUACACCGUAUACAUUAUCAAUGUCAGUUUCACAGAAGCACAGAUUACCUACCCAGAAGUACGAAUAAAUCCAAAAAUCGAGCGUUCUCGUGUCACCUCUUUUUUGAACUCUUUGAACGUCAUUUAUAUUUUUUUACGAGCCAACGCCAAAUUCAAUGUCCUAAUUCAUCUAAAACGUUAAAAUAUUGAUUCUUAUGUGUAUUUGUUGUGACCGUACUUGAUACUCUGCAGUAAAUUAAAUGUCCAAAAAUACGGAUUAUUAUUUUAGGCCACAAAAUGGAUACACCGUCUAUACCGUCCAUAUCCGAGAUGGAAGAUAGCAAUAAACCAGUACCAAGAAUCUUCGUCAAUAGCCAAUGUUCCGAAAAAUUUUCAAUUUCUGAAUCUACAGAUGUCAAAACAAGCACAUCGUUCAUUCAAAAAAUAAUGUCCAAUGCCAAAUAUAUGUUGACUCCGAGGUGCAACUCUCUUCAACCGUCUAUUAUGAGUAGCGAAGAGCCUACUAGAGAGACCGACGAUUGUAAUAGGUACGGCGAGUAUCAAGGAAAAGUUUUUAGAGAACCCUCCCUGAUCAAUACAAAAUCCAGGAUCAAAUAUACCUCCAGUGAUUACUGUAUGGUUGAGGAAGACAGUAACAGUAAGGCCGACACGACAACUAUGACUUCGAAGGAAAACUCCGAUUCCAGAGUUCUGGAGAGAGAAAGAUAUAGUAUCGGUAGUUCAAGUCAAAAUUCCGGCGACGUAACCUCAUCGUUGCGGGCUUUUAACGAAAUUGUCUCUUAUAAAGAUAAUUUUAGCAGUGGAACUGCUGAACAGAUUAGUCCUAGACGUUCUCGAUUUCCGUACGCAGACAGCGAAUCUGCAGAUUUUAACGGACCAUUCGAGCAAAGCGAAUUUUUCUUGCGAAACGAUGACACUAUUACAAAUAACAUUAUCAGCACUGAAGGCAGCAUGGUAUUUUCCAAAACGACUCCAGUAUCGCAAGUUACGACCGGCACAUCCGAUAUGGAACAAGCUUCAAGAACACCUUUUUCGUUGUUGAAUAGCUGGUUUAGAAGUGAUAAAAGUGAUGCUAAAAAGAAUGAAUUGGACAUACCUUGCAGAGAUGAGUGUUUUUGCCACACUCGUUCAUCGUCAACUUCCAUUCCCGCCAUCAGACGCGUCUCCAUAGGUAGCGCUCCAUCUCAAAAUCAAACUUGUUACGGCAUUGGAGAUCCACACAGUUGUGAACCGUGUCCGUCUAAAGACAAGAAGAGCAUCGCAUCGGUCAGCGUCAGUGAGAAUGACGCGGAAGAUGAAUUGGACGAAUUGGCGCCCACUUGUUACUCGUGCGGCCUGAAGAAGCAACUGGUUUCGACGCCGUCUCCAGCAGCGUCUAUCGGAGAAGGCUGGAUCAAUGGAAGCGACAAGGUUAAAACGUUUCAUUGCGAGAGUGAAGUGUAUCCGAGCAGGGUGCUUGUUUGUGAUGACGAUUCAAAUCCUGAUUGCGAAGAUAUUGGUAGAUAUCCUGAAGAAAUUAUACCGAUCACAGGCUUUAAAACUAGUAGCCUAAACGUGUGCUCUCUUAGAAGAAUAAAAAGUGCUUUAUCCGAGAAGUUUGCUUUUAGUAACAGGUCGAUACCAAGAAGCCUCGAUAGAAAAAUACCUGGGGAUAAAGUAGCUGAAAAACGAAAAAGUGAACACCACUUUGACACCAGUCCUGUAGCCAAAAGAGUUCGUUCGAUUUCCGAUUCCAGAGAUCAGGAUAAUCAAUGCGCUUUUGUUGGAUCUCCAGUUCUGGAUGCUUCAAACUUUAGAGUGCCUACAUCCCAAAAGAAAGAUUCAAAAGGAAGAACAAUAGGAGACAUGAUAUCUGAUGUCAAUUUCCGAGAGAAAAACUUUAGAUCCCAAAUACAAGGAUUCACGAACCGAGAAAAACAGUACGACAAUAUGCGUAAUUCUUUACAAGGCGAAAUUGCCAAAUGUACUUUCUCGCAUAGAGGCGACAAGAGUAACGACGAUUUAGAAAGGAUAACGAGACAAUUAAAAAACGAGAAUAACCUUUUAAAAAGCGAAAUGUUGGAAAUGAAACUCGAUCUGAAGCAUACGCUAGAAAAAGUCCAAGGCCCUAUGCGUCUCAAGCUCGAAGCGGAAAAGUCAAGAUGCGAACACCUCCAAAAGCAGCUUCAGAAAGCUUCGCAGAACAUGGCUGUGUCCGAGGAAAACUACAUCAGGGAUAUGAACAAUCUCAAAAUGCAGCUUUGUCUGGCUUGCAACAAUAUGGACGAGUUGGAGAGCGUCAAUAAGAAGCUGAAAGAGGAGAUGAACCUUAUGGAUGGGUUAUGCGCCAAGCUGGAGGACGAUUUGAUGCAGCAGAAACUGAACGAGGCGGAAACUAUAAGGAGAUUGACGACUAAUAAAAGAAGUAUUGGAGGGGACAGCCCGGACGCAAUGAUGCUUUGUAAUUGUGAGUCAAACCUUCAUAGCAUAGCUAGAAAAUUGAGCAAAACAAUCAAAGAUUGUAUACCAUGUCCAUCUUGCGCUACAGGAAUACCAGCUGAAUUAAAAGGUGCUGCAAAACUCAUCAAAGAUUUGACGGAUAUGGUAGAUAGUCGAAGAGACGCCAUGUCCUUUGAAUCGAUCGGCGAAAUUAGUAGAACUGAUAUAUCCUGUCAAUCUCCACCGGCCACGGAAGAAAAUAGCACCCAGUGUAUGGACUUACGUAAUAUCGGAACGGUCGUGUCGAUGUGCUUGAUUUCUGGACCGACUUUACCACCGAUGUCUAUUGAUACAUCAAAUCGUUUCCCACUAUCUACGAACUCUCUGUAUGUAGCCCCUCGCGAUUUGGACCGCAAAGAAAGCGGGCAAUUCAAUUUAAAAUUGACGUCGUGCAGUUCAGAGACCGACCAAGAGGCUGCAAUGGGUAAACGAAGCGGUAGCAAAUCCUGUCACAUAAAGGACAGCUGGACGGACCCAAUUACCAUCGACCCACAGAUUCAUUUAGGACGCGUUCGUUUUGAAAAACACUCACCUUUAGUUAUCAAUACAAAAGAUGCGCUCAACGAUCCAAUGAUGGUCGACAAAAACAGCUCUACUACCGACAAAGAGAUUUAUAACGAAGCAACCCCACCUGCAGGCGGUGGUCAAUUAGUGAUAGAACCUGUAGAGCAGCAUCUACCACCGAUGUCGCAAAAAAUCAGCUUCAAAGUUCACACUGCUUUGAUCAAAGCAAUUCCGAGCGAUCUCAAAAAGACCAUAGAGUCAGACAUCAGAGACAUGCGUCCCGAAAUUAAAACAUCUCGAACCGAAAGUAACGAUAUUGAUCCAGUGACUGCAGCUUCAAAGCCUGAAAUUCAGGAUAUAGAUGUCGAUAAUGAAGUUUUUGAGCCUAGAAUUAUAGCUGUGGAUCUUGGUAUUACUUGCGAUUCUAAAAUUGAUUUUGGCCAUAAUACGUCGAAGAUGAAAAUUUUGAAACGUGAUCCCUCGGAAGUGACUUGGCAAGAUGACCGUAGCGCUAAACUGUUGAUGGAUGAAGUACAAUUGGGGAUGCCGGUCAAAAGUAAAAGUUAUUUAAGCGAGUAUUCUAAUCCGAGUAUACCUAAGGACUUGGAUAUCGAAGAUGGUCAAGCAUCUAAAAAACGUCAAAAAAUGUCUAUAUUCGAGAAAGUAAUUCAACUCGAUGUUCCUUCUGAUAUUUCAAAUAAAAAGGAGCCCGAACCGGAGCAAGCGUCCAGCGGAGAAUCAUCCAGGAAGGUUGCGGAUCCUAAUGAAAAUGUUAUCGUAGAAAAUAACGAUUUCCCCUUUCUGGUUGAUACGAAAGUAGAGGUUUGCGAUAAUCCACCGGAGAAUCUCAACAUUACCACUUCCGUUACCGCCUCUGGGAAUUUGCUGGUCAUUUCCGAAGGACCUUCAGGAACAAUUGAGACUAUAUUGCAUUAUAAGGACGAUGGAACUAUUGAAGUAGUCACCCAAAUCGCAGAAUUAGUUGGUCAGUCAACUGAUUCCCUGUCAUCAAGAAAGUUUUAUAUCCCUAUUCCAAUGAAAACUGAUACAACUAUCAGCGAGGACAUAUCCUGGGAACCUGGCAAGAAAUUUUCUGAUCAGCAGGAACAAGAAGUGUCAGUAUCGAAACAGUCUCAGAGCACGACUCUAGUAUCUAUACUAUCUAAAGAGAGCAAGAAAGAAUCGGUGGACAAGGAAAAAACUUCCAAAUCGGUGAGCAUUAGCGAAACUGCUUCCGACUUGCACAUCGAGAACCGGAAAAACUUUAGCGGCAAUACGUCGUCUCCGUUGUACAUAGAUCGGAGCCAGUGCUGCUUGAUUUGUUAUCAAUUGGACAAAGCUAGCAGCGCACAUCACGUACCGCAAGUGACUGCAUCCACUUCUUUAUCUUCGACAAUGAUUAACGAAAAGUGUGGAACUGGUGCGGUUAGCAAGCACAACAUGCUUUGCGGUAGUAGCGAAACCACAUUUAUUCAACAAACGGUGCCCCUUGAGCUUCAACAAAAAUCGGCUGGAGAGGAAGUUCCAAAGGCGACUUGCUCCAGUUUGACGUGUCCCAUCUUGACUUCGUGCAAAAACGAAGACACCUACGAUGGCGCCAACGAAUUGAGAUCCGACGAGGAGGUAUCAUGCGCCAGCGAUGUUUGCCACCAGGAAACUUGCACUUUGAAACUACUCAAAAAAGAUGCUCAUACGGAUCCUAUGGCUGAAAAUAAAGAUGAAGGUAGCAUGUGUGACACAAUAUUAAUAGAAAAAUCGUCCAAAGAAUCCUCAGCAAGCGAAACACUCGAAUUUGCAUGUCAAGCCAAUCUUCAGCCUUUGGAACAAUCAUGCCAAGUCAAUGAAAGUAAAGAAAUUGGAGUUAUUACUGCUAGAACAGAAAAACAAAGUAUGACUAGAGAAAAUUUAUUCCCAGACCCGCCAGCGUCUUUGCCGAGUGAUGUCCCAUGUUCACCAUGUAUUAAUGAUUCAUCUAAAACAGACCCGAAUUGCCAGUCAAUGAGUAUGCAACCCGUUGGUGAUGCAAAAUUCGACAUAAACGAGUCAGCUCGAGAUAAAACGUCUGAAAGCCGCGACGAAUGCUCGUGCAAGAAACCCUGCGUGUGUUCCACGAAGAAGGGACCGGCUACCGAGAUACCAAACGAAUGUGACGUUAAAGACAGGAGGAAACGUUCUAGCAAUCAAAUGUCGGAUUGUCCUUGUCCGGGUCCGUGCGAUUGCGUGAAAUGUUCGGCCAGUAUUUGUAGAGAUGACAAGAAAAGGAAGAUUGGUGCCGUUGAUGAAAAGGAAAGUUCCUCGUUUGGCAGCUUUAAACCACAAACAAAGAAUGCUGCAGAAAAACAAAAACAAGCCCAAGAUCGAUUUGGACCGUACAAGACAGAUUUCGAUGUAGCGUAUAUGGACUUUAUGAAACCGCUUCCAAUCGCCGCUGAUAAGUCCUUUAUACAGGACGUAUUUAAGAAGCACGUAAUCGAAGGACAACCUAACAGGAAACCUGAAAAAAGCCAUCCCAUUGGCUGCGAGUGCGUCGAUUGCAUCUGUAUGCCGUUGGUGCGUCAACUAGCCAUGACGCGGGAAUUUUGCGUUGUGGAAGAUCACAAGCAAGUCUACCAAGUGACUACCAACACAUGUCAGUGUCCGAAUUCCAAGAAGGGAUCAAAAAUUCCUGUCGCUACGAAAUCCGGUAAACCAGUUAAAGCUCUCGCGUGCACCUGUACGGGUAUAUGCACGUGCAGUCCCUGUUCAGAUCUAGAAAAGAGACAGGGCGGAGGGCAAAAGGAGACCGGAGGAAAACCUGUUAAACAAAUGACUACCGAACAAUUGGCGGAACUUUGUGACUGCGGAAAGUGCGACUGCCCCAUUUGUUCAAAGAGCAAAGGAUCUAAAAAACCCUGCUGCUGUACGAAUGAUUGCAUUUGCGAUUCGUGCAAAAUUGAAAUGAUGAAGAAACAAAUCGACAAACUCAAAAACGAAGUUAACGAACUAAGAGGUGGCCCGCCGGAGCUUCCCGAUUUAGGACAUCCAGAGGGAUGUGAUUGCGGCAUAUGUAAUUGUCCUCUUCCAGCUGGCGAAGAUCCUAGAAGGGAUCAACCUGAUGAUUGCGAUUGUAUUGUUUGUGAUUGUCCUCUUGCCCCUGGAAAGGGAGGCGAUAUGAGCGGUUGCACGUGUCCGGAGUGCUACUGUCCCAAAGGCCCCAAAUUCCAAAAAGCGAAAGUGAAAAAACCGAUUGACCUGUCGGGCUGUAGCUGCAAUCCGUGUAAGUGUCCUGCAGGACCUCUAUCUGCGUUUCCUGUAUGCGACUGCAAAAUAUGCGAUUGCGAUCCUUGUAGCGAUCCCAGAAGACCGAAGGCUCUCGCUUGCGACUGCGAGCCAUGCGAAUGCAAUCCUUGUGGCGAUAGCAAGAAACAGAGAAAGAAGUGGAUCAAAACUUGCGAAUGCAAGCAUUGCAAGUGUUCCGGUUUGAAAGACGCCGACUGCAUUUGCGUAACCUGUCUCUGCGGCGUACAUCCUCCGGAUUGCAAGUGCGACCAGUGCUUAUGCAAAGACAAACACCCGCCGGGCUGUACUUGUGCAGUAUGCGCAUGCGGAUCGAAAAUUGCGGGCGAACAUCCGGCGAGUUGCACUUGCGAGGCGUGCAAAUGCGGUGGGCAUCACCAUAGUGAGGCCUCUGGACCGAAAAUAGACGAAAACGAGAAAAAGCGUAUGGCAUUCGUGAAAAAAUCAAUUAGCACCCACGCAAUCGACUGCAAGUGCGGAGGAUGUCAGUGCGCAGCAAAGGCGGCAGGUGGCGCUCUAAUGUGCUCUUGCACCCCCUGCAAAUGUGUCGAUUGCAUCUUCGAGAAGCAAAAAGUCGUCGAACAUCAGCCUGGCUGCUCUUGUCCCAAGUGCAAAUGCAGAGAGUGCAACAUCGCUGACGCCUGCAAAUGCAAAGACUGCAAAUGCAAACCGUGCAUGCAUCAUGCGGGUAAGACGAAGAGGGCCGACGACUGCCAAUGCGGCGAUAAUUGCCGAUGCAAAGAUUGCGGCGCUGGAGACAAGAAGGUGGUCAAGGAAGCCAAAUCAGCGCCUGCGUUACCCAAAAACAGGAGUUGUCAUUGUUUGACGUGUUUCUGCGAUUCGUGUAAUAAUGCAGCUAAAAAGGGAGCACGAUCUCGACCUGAAAUCAAAAUCAAAGGCACCGAAAGGAAGACGAUCGCUGCUGGUCCAUCCAAACAAGAUUUGAAGAAGAAACCGUCCUCCGCUCCCAGCGGCGACUCGCAGAAAUGCAAAUGCGGCGACUGCACUUGCGUCGAAUGCGCGUUCGGUGGAUCGCAGAAGAACCCGGAUUGCAAAUGCGAUAAUUGUCAAUGCAAGCCGUGCACACCCUCACCGCCGGCAAAAAAAGAUGCUGAAUGCCAUUGCUCAACGUGCACGUGUAAGGAGUGCGCCGGGGGAGGAGGAGGAGGCGGUGGAGGCGGUGGAUUCGAACCACCGAAAAGGAUAUCAUGCCAAUGCAAAGAAUGCAAAUGCGAAAUAUGCGAAAAGAAAGGCGAGUCGAAAAAGGAAGAAAAGUCGAAAGGGGCGGCCGGUGCGAAAAAGUGUCCGCCGUCGUGCCCUCGCGGCGGCGGUAUCGGAGGUGGCGGAGUAGCUCUGUUCGAAGUCCCUACGAGACAGCCGUGUCAAUGUGCCGAUUGUAAAUGUACCAUAUGUAAUAAAAAACAGGGCAACCCUGAAGGGCUAGCACUCAGAGGAGGCGGAUUUAAGUCGGUUCCGUGCAACAAAGACCCGCCGCCGUUUGAAGUACCGUCGCGAUUGCCGUGUACUUGUAACCCUUGUAGAUGUGUCAUGUGUAACAAAGCGGGCGGCCGAAAAGAGAGCGCCAUGUAUGCGUGUCCCAUUACGACAGCUGCGGAAGUACAGGUGCAAUAUAAAGUUGCGUCGACGUCCAGUAUUUGUCCCAUAUGUUCAUCCCCGUCUUGUACCAGCUUGAUGAACAGAAGCAAGGACGAUCAAGACGGAGCGGAUUGUGAUUGCUCCCUAUGUCUUUGCGAUCCUUGUGCGGAUGCUAAUAUAACUAACAGCAGAGUCAGCACAAAAGUUGGCGACGCGGUGAGCACCCACAGCGCGAAGGUGGGAAUAUCUUUGACAAGAUACAAUAGAUCCACCAGCUGUAUUUGCACUCCGAUGAAAAACGCCAAGGUAGGGGAGUCUGAGAACAGAUUUGGCGCUUGCGAAAGUAUUGAGAUGAACGUUUUGAAUUUGGCCGAAAUGGACAACGCCACUCUGAUGAAGAACAUUGCAGAUAAUACCAAGGAGAACUAUUACUGCAAGAAUCAAAUACAGGAAAUAACUUCGGCUUUGAGUAACAUAAAGAGCGUUUGCAGCGAGGUGGAAGAAAAGGCUAUGAAGACGCCUUUAAUCAAACAAGCGUCUGCUUUCGGCCAAACCAUGUCCGGCCUAAAGCUGGCUCUUAAUAACUUGCAAGAAAAGUGCAAGGCGAAAGAUUUGCUGAUUGAAGCAAUGACUGGAGAAUUGAGGAACCGUACUAAUAGUAAUUCUUUUCUGCAGGUUUUGGGUUCUUGCGUUUCGGGUGAUGCGCCUGAUUACGAUAAGGCAGCCGAUAUAAUUCCGAAAAACUACGAGGAAAAGAAAUAUAAAGCUAUUGAAAAUGAGAGAAUCGUUAGGAAGAAGAGGAGCAGUAAAAUUUGUAAGUGCGGAAAGCAACAUAAAGACAAAGACUACAAAAACGUUGACCUAAGAGGUUUCGAAGUUGUUGACAUCAGACGAAUCACCGAUGAUAGUAUAAUAUUGAAAUGGAAACCACCGAAAAGUGGUGCCAUCACGGGCUACGAUAUUUUCAUCAACGGAGUGAACAAAUCCAAAGUGAUGAGUGGUGGUAGAACAAGCGCGAUGGUCCAUUCCAUCGAUCUAUCGGCUACCAUUCAGAUAACCAUUUAUGCUGUUACCAAAUGUGGAAGAUGUGAACCCCCUGCAAUCGCUAUAUAUGAAAUAAGAACUUAACGUGUCCAAUCAGAUAAAUAAUUAAUUACACGAGACGAUCUGAAUGUUGAGUAUCUUUUUAAAGAGCAUUGAAGCGAAUAUAUAUCUUUGAGCUCUUGGCUGUUCUGUAUCAAUUAAUUGGUAGUGCCAAAUUUUGUGGUCUUUGGUGCUUAUUAAAAAGGUAUUCUUUUUUAUGCUGUCUUUACGUUCAUGAAACAUCGGAAAUUUGUUGGCAUGGGUGCUGUGGAAUAAAAAUUUGUCAACUGUA